UCAAACCGUCCAAAAAGUUUGCAAACAUUUUGACAAGUUUGACAGUUCAAAGUUUUACGAAAUUACGACAUCACGUGUACUGUACCCAUUAUAUAAUACCACAAACGCUCCAAAUUUUGUGCAAUCAAAGGAAGAUCUCCAAAAUGGUUGUCACAAGGUCUCAAAAUAAUGGUGCAGCUGUGCCACAGUCUGAAGGCAAAUCAGGGGACACAACUCUUUCCAAAGGGGAGAGAAAAACACUUACAGUAGUGUUUAUUUCACUUGUUAUCGACUUGCUGUCUUUCACAGUAAUCCUUCCACUGUUGCCAUCGCUGUUGGAUUAUUAUGGAUCGAAAGAGGACAGUUUAUAUGAGGGUUUGAAACAGUCUGUUUCCAGUUUCCGUGAGCUAGUCGGGGCACCAGACACUCCUAGAUGGAACUCAGUGCUAUUUGGUGGUCUGAUUGGGUCCCUAUUUUCCCUGCUACAGUUUAUCGCAUCUCCGGUGAUAGGGGCAGCAUCAGAUGUCUACGGACGAAAACCUCUGCUUAUUCUUACAAUGUCAGGUGUUGCAGUGUCCUAUGGCAUAUGGGCGGUCUCCCAAAACUUUGGGCUGUUUGUUCUGGCAAGGGUGGUUGGUGGAAUCUUCAAGGGAAACAUCAGUCUUAGUACAGCAGUCGUCACAGACGCCCUACCCCAACACAAAAGGGGGAAAGGGAUGGCGGUUAUUGGUAUAGCUUUCUCCGUUGGGUUUGUAUUUGGUCCACUGAUUGGUGCAGUAUUUUCCCGUUGGGCUCGAGCACAGCAAGGGGAGUUCUAUGUGUUUCCGGCAUUAUUCGCUCUUGCAUUGGCAGUUAUAGAUGUGAUCUAUGUUGCUGUUGUAUUCAAGGAAACACUUCCAGAACAUAGAAGGGCAAAUUCGAUAUCAAGUGGCUGGCAAAACACGUCCUACCUCAUAAACCCCGUAUCUCUAUUCCGAUUCUCAUCCGUGGCAAAUCUAAAUAAAAAAGACAUAUCGUCAGUGCAGAAGAUAGGCCUUGUGUAUUUCCUGUACCUGUUCUUUUAUUCUGGACUUGAGUUUACCCUCACAUUUCUGACACACAACAGACUAGAUUAUGACAGCAUGCAGCAGGGAAAAAUGUUUUUCUUCAUUGGAUCUCUGAUGGCGAUAGUACAAGGUGGCUAUGUACGUCGAGUUCCACCAGGCAAAGAGGCCAAGCUUGCUGGUAUAGGGAUCCUACUGCUAAUUCCAUCCUUCAUUCUGAUGGCGUUUGCUCACUCGGCUUUGAUACUCUACCUGGGCCUCACACUUUUCUCCUUUGCCUCUGCGACUGUUGUACCAAGCCUGACCACGAUGGUUUCAGCGUUUGGUGGUAAUGACCAGAAGGGGACAGUCAUGGGGAUAUUUAGGGCUCUUGGGGCUUUAGCUAGGGCACUGGGACCCAUGUUUGCCUCUACAGUGUACUGGAGCUUUGGCAGCCAUAUUUGCUACAUCAUCGGAGGAGUGAUGCUAAUUGUACCAUACCUUAUUCUUAAAGCUAAGCCUUCUGGGAAGUCUCAAUGAUAUAAAAUCUACACCCUAUAAGCUUUUUUGGUAAUGCUAGUUCCAGCACUGAUGGUAAUGCUAGUUCCAAAAGUCUCUGCCCUAUCUUUAUUAUGAUACACCUUUUUGGGAGGGCUAAGGGAGAAUAUCAUUAUUAUCUUCCAAUUUCAUAUCAGCAGAAUAUUAUAUGGAUUGUGAUAUUUGAAACAAAACAAAAAGGACAGGUAUUCAUAAAUUAUCUUAAAGCUGCACUCUCACAGACAUACCAUAUUUACAUUUUUUUUUUUUGUCUUGGAAAGAGCAAAUUUUUGCGUAAAUGAUAAAUAAUUGCUGACUAAAUAUCAGAUCGCAGAUUUGCAUAUUUCCGUUCUAAAAUUAAUGUUUUAUGGCUUAAACUGUUACUAACGAUUUAAAAAAAAUGCAUAAAAUAUAAUUUUUUGAACAAUUAAAUAUAAAAAUCUGCGAUCUAUUUUUUGUCAGCAGUCUUAUAUAGCUGGUUUCCGUGGAUUUUCGCAAAAAUUGGCUCGUUCCAUAACAACAAAUAAAAAAAUGUCAAAACGUUCAAUCUGUGAGAGUGCAGCUUUAAGUCUUCUUCUAUAUGAAGUCAUUUAUUCAUUUUUGUUUCUUACUGAUUAUAUGAUGAAAAAGCAUUUUUUUUGUGACUAUUUUGUAGGAGAAUUUUAGGUUUUAAAAAUUGAUACACUUCUUUUAAUUUGCAAUUCAAAAGUGAAAAUAAUGCCUUGAGCAAGGAAACAAGGAAAUGACUUUAGAUGAGGUUUUAUGAAUACCGGCCUGCUAUGUAUUGACAGCAUGGAUUAUGUGCCUGUAGUGUGUUCUUAAAAAAAUUCAAGAGAGCGUGCUGUAUUUUCCCUGUUGAAUAUGGAAAAAAAUUGAUAGAUAUAAUAAAACCAAAUACCGGGUAUCAUAGAUGAAGAUGUCCAAAUAUCAUUAAUGAAGAUGUCUUCCAUGACCAAGAAAACAUUUCUUUGAAAUAAAUAAUCACCAUUUAGCAAAAUGUGAUUGUUUGCUAUAAAUAUUCAUAAGAAGGCCCCCCUCAUAUAAGCGUGGUGCUGGGUAAAAUAUGCAUAGUACCAUAAUUGUCUGAUCAUAAAAGGCUUAACUUGUUAAACUUUGGUACUGUUUUUUUUCUUUCUGAUUCUUGGUCAUUUCUGAAGCAGGCCUUCAUGACCACCAUUGCAUACAUAGCUUAUUAUAUAUCAUAUAAUCGUAGGAAUGGUUUAGAUACAAGGUAUAUUUUUGUAUAUAUUUUUUACAAUUCUAAUAUUUUCAGCCAUUUUUUCAUCAGUUAGAGGUAUACAUAUAAUAUGCAAGUGCAAGGGUUGUGAGGGUCUUUUUUUCUUGUCUGUACAAUGAUUACAGACCAAACAAUGUGAUAUUUAUGUUUUGUUUACAAGCCUCGGAGAGAUAAUGCAUGCAAUAGUUAAAAUACGUUGUACUAGACUAUGUUUACUACUUUUCAAUUUUGUUUGUUUUCUACUUUGUGCCAUCUUUUUUUUUUAUUUUGCAAUGUUAAUACAAGACAGAUUUUUUUAUUAAUAUUUUUACACAAUACGGAUAAAAUUAAGUACAAUGUGUAAAGUUUGUUUUAAUGUUAAACUAUCACUUCUCAAGAAUCUACUUGUGUGACUCUAUUUAGCUUUUAUUUUCUAAAUAGUAUUUAUUCUUUGAAUAUAAAGAAUAACAUGCAGUCACAUUUGCUUUUGUGAUGUCUACAUGUGUCAUGUCAGCAAUUAGAAGGUAUUUGUGUAACUCAUGUUUAAUUUGUGUUCAAAGACAUAACCAUACAUAUAUAUUGGAUAUUUAUGAACUUGUUCAUAUAUUUGUGACUAAUGACAUAUAUUGUCUUGUUUAGAUGAUAUUUACGUCCAAUGGCAAUGUCAUUUAAAUGUCGUAUUUAGAAGAUAUCCAUGAAUCAUGACAAUGUCAAUCAAAUGUCUUAUUUAGAAGAUAUUUAUGCCUGAUGACAAUGACAUUAAAUGUCUUAUACAGACACUAUUUUAUGACAAAAGCCAUGUCUUUCUUGCUUAUAACAUAUCAUAUGUACGCUUUAUACAAAAUGUUUUAUUUCAAAUAAUGUGUUUUAUUUCAUUUCAUUUGAUUUUCAAGGGAUAGGAAUCAUUCAGAAAACAAAACAAAAAGUAAAUGUUAGCUUUUACAUGAUAUGCUAUAAUUCUAUUAACCUCCUUCUUUAAAUGGUAUUAAAGGAAUUUUCACAUGCAUUUGUUGAUAAAUUGUCAAACUUUUCUAAAUCAAUAUGGGUUUUUUAGUAUUCAGAAUUUAAUAGGAGUAUCAUAGUGCAUAUCUUUGGUAACAUGAUUGAAAUAUCUUAUUUAUUUUUUUAACAUACUGGUAUUCACAAUUUUUGAAACAUUACCAUGCAAUUUUCAGCAUUGCUUCCUGAAAUGUCACUGAAUUGAAAUGUUAUGAGAAAACCAAGUGUUUGACUGUAGGCCUAAAAUGGUGUGUUAUUAUUAAGACUGGUGCAUUCUUCAGUAAUUAUUAAGAAAAAGUUACAGCAUCCAUAACCCAAAUUAUACUGGAAGUAACUGUUUUGUACCAUGUUGUCAUGGAAAACAUUCAAUAAAUAGCAUGCGGUAUAAGUAAAUAGCAUUUGAAUUUUCCCAUUUUAAGUUGUUAGAGGUAGCACAGUAACACCAAUUCUGUGGGAGUUAUUGAGUAGAGUAAAACAAAGAAAACACUCACAAACAUGGUGCAAUUUGGUGUUUUGGACAUGCAUUCAAUUGUAGGACUGACAUGCUUCACUUGAAAAAUAACACCAAAAUGUAAACUAUACAUUGCCUGUUUACAAACUGACAUCAUUUGAAAUGGCAUUACAGUAUGCUAUAAAUGUUUCAAAAUGUUUAUAAUUAAUUUGUUAUAUAAUAUACGAUUCAUUUAUACUUAUACUUGACAGAAUGUUUGGAUUUUAUAAUCAUAAGUGUGUUUUUUGUAAAAACUUAACUUAUUAUAUACAAUCAUGUACAUUGUAUUUUAAACUGUUUUUUGAUAUAGCACUUCAAUGGUUACAAAUAUAUUUUGUCACAUUCCAUUGUUUUAGACAAUAAUCUUUUAUGACCUGCAUUGGACAGAGUUACUUUAAUCGCCAAACAUAAUUGCAUAAUUAAAUUUAAAAAUUGUCUAUUUUUACCAAAUGGAACUUUAUAGCAUGUGAAAAUAUGUCCUGUAUUUCAGUAUGACAUCAGAAAUACCAUUUCCGCAUUUUACGCAAACAGAUAAUAUAAUAUAUAGAUAGAUAUUUCUUUAUUUUAUUUCUUGACAUGUGCAAUGCCUGGUGAAGUGAAGAAUGGGGAUAAGCUUUUGAUAUUUACACGUGUUAUAGUUUAUCUGUUGUUUUUCAAAGGAAAGGGAGAGCCAAAACUUUUUAACCCUGCAGAAUAUAACAACAUCCAAGAUAUUCACAUCAAACAUUUUACCGGUGCCAUAAUUAAUAUCAUUCAAGACAUUUAUAUCAAACAAUUGUUAAAAGUGACAAAGCAGGGCCCACAAGGAUAAAUUUAUUUAUGGUCGAGUUAUGCCUUGAUCGGCGUACUUCAAUCUGACAAACAGACAAGUGACUGCAUCAGCUUACAGAUCUCUAGUUUUCUAUAAAGAUUGUUUCUGCACUUAAGGGCCCAAAUUCACACACUUCUUGAGUUUGAGAUUAAGACUUUUAAUGUAAUGAAAUAUAAAUAUAUUUUGUUGGAUGAAAGAUUUGUAAUUAAUUAAUGGCAAACCCUGUUAGUUGGAACAUGUUCAGCAAUUUUCCCUAUUUAUGCUCUAGUAAUAGCAAUUUUACAUUAAAAAAAAUAGGCUUGCACGUUUGAGUCUUGUGUCUGAAAGUCAAACUUCAGCCCCAGUUUCUUGAAAACAGUUCUGACAAAUAAUAUUUCUCAAUGACUUUCUCAGAUUAUUUUUAUGCUUUACAAACUAACAUGGUUCAAAAAUCAUUAACAGAAUCAUAUCCUUUCAUAGAUUAUUUUUGGAUAGAUCUUUGGUAAGAAAACAACAAACUGUUGGAAAUGUAUUUGGGUACUAGAAUUACUUAGAAUUAUUUAGUAUUCUCAAUUUUCUUUGCAAAACUAAUGACCUUAUUGAGGAAAUUUAAGCACCAAAUUCGGUAGAAAUAUAAAAAUAUAUUAAGAAAUAUAAAAACUAUCAAAGUAAGAAAGAACCAAAAACAAUUCUCUUUUAAUUUAGAAUACACUCAUUGUACUCAGUUGAGUAAAAACUUGAGAAUUUUCGAGAAACUGGAGCAAGGACAUUAUUGAAUAUGGUUAAGGAUAUGACAUAUUGAAUGUUUCUCUCUUUUAUUACAUGUUAAUGGAUGUUUGAGAUUCCUGCUUGACGUUUACCGCGAAUCUUAAUGAAACUAUGCUUCAUCAUUGCUUGGUGAAACAUUUUGUUUGCUUCUUAUUUUUAAUACUUAUUUUUAGUCUCAAUUUUUCAGGCUUCUGUUUAAUUUAACAGAAUUCAAAUAAUUAAGCAGAGUUUAUUAUAUAAAAAUUAUUUAAUAACACUUGUUACUACAUGUAUUUGUUUUAUGAAGAGAAAUAUUAGUAUUAUUUUGUUAGAGGUGGAAUAUUGUAGCUUACAACCUUGUUUUUAUUUCUUUCAUGUAUCUUUUCUUUAUCAUAUUAAUCAAAAUAUUUGGUCUUAUGUUAGGAAAAAAUACUCAAAUCGAAUAGAUAUAAUGUUAUGUAGUUGAAUACUUAGACAUAAGAACGCUGAACAGUGAAUAUUUUACAGAAACAUGUUAUGUUAUUUCAUUAACAUUGAAUAAAAAUGAGACUUUUA